AUGGGCGGCGGGCUGGAUCCAGAAGCAGUCGUGUCUGCUGUUCGACAUGCUCAGAAUCAUUUCCAAGCACUCCUCCUGCCCGUUGAAUCUACGCCGCCGCGGGCCGUGAGACGUCAGUACUUGCGAGUUGCUCUGGCAGUGCAUCCGGACAAGUGCGCCUUGGCCGACGCAGUGGAAGCAUUUAAGCGUGCCUCUGAAGCCUUUGUCAAUCUACAUGAUGCAAGACGUCAAGAAGAGCAUUUGCAAAAAGCUCAGCGGCAGUCGCCAUCAUGUUCGACAGAGCCUGCUUCAAAACAGGAAGCAGGAGUCGUGGUGGGAGCUUCGAAGUUUGGAUCAGGAAUUUGGGGCGCAGGUUUCGGCAUCAACCUGGGAGUCUGGAAUGUGGUUGGCACGGGCCGCUGCACGCCCAAGGAUAUCACGGACGCUGUUGGCACAGCAGUGCAGCUGCACCACGUUCGUGUCGUCAUCAGCUUGGCCCGGGGCGGAUCUCUCCGCUCCUUCGUGCCCCUGACAUGCUGGACGAAGGAUGGGGGUCUUGACGGUGUGGGUACCCCAACACUCCUGGAGCUGCCUCUAGAAGUGUACAACGACUCCAGCCUGCUGGAAGAUGUCCUGCGCACGUCUGCCAAGAAGGCUCCCUUGAUUCAAUUCUGGCGGGGAUCUGAGAUGCUGGAGCUCGCAUUUGGUCCGCAGGAAAGGAAUAACAAGCUCCUGCAAACCCUUUUGGCUCACACAACUUGUGCUGUAGGUGCCGUCGGCGCUCCAAAUGGAUUGCGUGUUCUCCGUGAGUUCCUCGAAGGUAAACUCUCCGCAGGCGCAGCGCCCGCCUUUGGAUGGUUGCACGUUUGGGCCGGAGCACGGUGCAUCGGUGACUCCUCAGAGGAGCUGUGUUUUGGACAGGGACAGCAGGGCCAUCAGGGCUACGGCACAUCGUCACACAGCAAGCUGCCAGGAGCAGCUAGCAGCGCUAGCAGUAUGGCGUCCGAUGCGUUGGUUCCCUGCUUGGUUCCCGCAUGCGUUUCAGCGGACUGGCACUCGUGGGUGGCACUGCAGGCAGUGCAAGAGGUGUGCAGGCGAUUUCCAGCAUGCACUGCAUUGGUGGAAUUUCGGCACAGGGAUGGUGGUGGGGCCGAUUGUGGGAACAGUAGAAUUUUCCAUUCCUUGACAUUGCCUUCAAAAGCUGGCCGUGUGACACAGCACAAGCAGUUUUUGCGCGGCUUGACUGUUUCAAUGGCCAUACAUGUUACCAGCGAAGAAGGUACGGCCCUGGAUUGCGGCGUGAGUGCGGAGGAUUUUGCUGACUCCGUGCCUGCGGCAUGUAGGUUCUGGGAGCUGUGGCGAUGGGGCAGCGGUGCAUGGUGGUCCUUGCGCGUCUCUGAAGCCUCACUGGAGGAUGCUGUCAGCCACACGGUUGGAAAGACUUUUGAGGAGUUCUGUGCGAUUGUACGUUCUCGGGGUGGUCGCUGCACCCCCGAUGCAAGUCUUGUCCUGACAUAG